UGUAUAUUUGAAUCCGUCGUCGUCUUAUAAGGUGAUAUUUUGAAGCAAAGUAACGUUAAAUUUGUUAUACGACAUGUCUAAUGUUAAAUUGGCAAUAAGAGUUAGACCAUUUAGUGAAAGAGAACUUAAAUCGGAGAAGGAUCGAAUUCCGGUAGUGACUGUCGUUGACUACAAUACAGUUACGAUCACCAAUGUUAAAGUAAGUGUUUCGGGCGCUGGCGACAGUCGGGAGAGAGUACGCCGUUACUACGCCGACUACACUUUCGAUAGUGCGUGCCCAGUUACCAAUCCCACUUUCGCAAAUCAAGAGACGAUAUUCGAGACAAUCGGACAGGAUGUGAUCCGCAGUGUCUCAAGAGGAUGUUCAGCUUGCGUGCUUGCUUAUGGUCAGAGCGCUACUGGCAAGACUUAUACUAUGAUGGGCACUUAUACCCAACCUGGGCUGGUACCUCGACUGUGCACAGCUCUCGCUGAACUGCAGUCUUUCGAUCUUACUGUCAGUUUCUUGGAGAUUUACAACGAACGGGUUCACGACUUACUGGCAGGUGAAGUCUCAGCUGCUACUUGCCACUCUCUACCGCGGCGCAGGGGUAACUCGCGCAAGGACCUUCGUGUGAGGGAGCAUCCACAAAAGGGACCCUAUGUGCAAAAUCUUCGGAGAGUAGCAGUACAUGACGUCCAAACUCUCCUCUCAUUGGUUCACGAAGGCGCUCAUAGACGACGAACUGCCGCAACCCGUCGUAAUUCCACUUCGUCCAGGUCGCACGCGUUGUUGGAAUUAACUACUUCCACCGCUACACUGCACCUCGCUGACCUUGCUGGAAGCGAAAAAGCUAGUUGGGAAGGCUGCGGUGGCGGCAGGCAAAAGGAAGGGGCCAACAUAAAUAAAUCGCUAGUCGCACUUAGUAACGUUAUAUCCGCUCUUGUGAGUGGAGGCGCCGGGCGUGGUAGAUUUGUCCCGUACCGCGACUCUGCGCUUACUUGGUUGCUGAAAGACUGUUUUACAGGAGGCGCUAGUACUUUCAUUAUUGCAACUGUGUCUCCAAGCGUCGCUUGUUACGGAGAAUCUGCGUCAACACUUCGUUGGGCAGCACGCGCUCGACAGUUGCCAACCCCGCGAGUCAUUCACACUGGACCUAACGCUGUCACGCGAGCAGUUUUACAGUCUCAAUUCAACCAACUUUUAACUGAAUUAUCCAGAAACCAUAUUCAAUAUGUACCAGAGACUGGCAAAAUAUUUUAUGAAGACAAACACUGGAGAUUACAAAUAAAUAAAUCAGAUAGCGACGGUUCAGAUAAAACUACAAAAAUAGGUAAUAUUAUGAAUUUAUCACAUCCAAAAAUGGAUGCUCAUUCAGAAUCGGCAACUUCAUCAGUCGCUAGUGGAAGUUCGGAAGUUAUUAACACAAUAGAUAAGAAUGCAGACAUAACAAAUAAAAUUAGUAAAGAAGUUGAUAGAUUAUUGGGUUCUACAUUAGAAAGAACGAAUAGUGGCAGUAAUUUGAAGGCAAUUGCUCCAGUUAGACAUAAACGUAGACAGUACAGAUCUCAGGAAAUUUUGCCUAUAGACGAAAGCUUAUGUAAUCGAAGCCAAAGUUUAGUUAAUGCAUUACCAAGUCAAAGUGAGGAAGGACUUAGUGUAAUAAAUAAAAAUAGAGUGGAAAAACAAAAAGUUAAUUCAAUUCCGAUUCUUUACGAUAAUCAAAGAGCGGAAAUAGUAGCAUCCGUUACAGAAAGGUUAUAUUCGAAGCUAAAGAAAAAAGAAGAAGCUGCUGUUUCAAAAAUUGAAUCAGUGGUAGAUAAAAAAAUUAUGGAACCUUUAAGUGAAUUAAGAAUUUGUACAAAUGCUCGUCAGCGUUUUAUUGAUUUAAGCCAAAAAACAAUACGAAAUAAAAGAAGAAUAGGAAUACCUGCUCAUACGCAAACAAGAAUAUCAGUUACUCGAGUAAAAGAUCAAGAAAUUGAUGUCCAAACAGAUUUAGAAGCAUAUGUUUACAAGAAUAGACAUUUUUAUGCUCUCCAACGUGAUGCUGCCACAGAGACGGUCACAAUGACGCCACGCUGCAAAGAAAUUGCUGUUGGUUCUAAAUAUGCUUCCAUAAAUUAUUGUGACAGAUCAACUUUAACAGAAACAAAAGAAAUAAUUUUUAAAAGUUCAAUGGUAAUGACCGAUAAUAUAUUAACAUGUGAUCGAUCGACACAAACUCCCAUAGUACCACCACCAAGAAAGAAAAAGCGAGUCUCAAGUCUUGCUAGGUACUUAAAAAACAUUGAAAACAAGACUAGUUUAGAAGAAUGUAGUCUAACCCCAAUUAUUAAUAUUAAUAUAUCACAGUCAUGCUCUACAGAUCCAGAGUCUCAAAGUUCUGAUGAUAACUUAGGGCAAAAAAAUUAUUCUACAUCUCAUAUACCAAUAGUAACAUCAACUCCAGACUUGUUAACAAAUCAUAGUGCUGUUGAAACAAGUAGUGAUAAAAAUGAAGAGAUUGGUAACAAUAACAACAACACAACGUGUGCUAAUGUAAGCAGUAUAAUAACUGAAAGUAAUAUAUGUCACAUAUCACCUCAAUUACAAACAAAAUCAGGUGAAGAUUUUCCAGAUUCUGAGGACUGUACACUACCAAAGGUACCUGUAGAUACUACAAGAAAAAAAUAUCACGAAGAAAUGAAAGAAAUGAUAUUAGGAAGAAACAAAAAUGUUUAUCCAUAUAAUAUAGUGCUAUCACCAUUAAAAGUAAGUUCAAAUUAUAAUAAAAUAGUUAAAUUUAAGGAUACUGAUGGUUCUUCUGGAAAAUCUGUUGGAUCUCAGACAAGUUGGGAAUGUAGGAAUAAAAAAAAAGAAAGUUGCAAAUCUAAUAUUAGUUCCGAUGUAACUAAUUCAGAUAAAGAGUAUAAUGAGGCUGGAUCGUUUUGUAAUAGCACCUUUUCUUAUUCUGGAGAAUCGAAUAAUAUAGAAACAGAUUCAUUUAUUUGGAGAAAAAGCAAUACAAAUCAGUUUAACAGAACAGGCUACUUAGGACGUAGUUAUACUCCCGUGUAUAAAAACCAGUCACGGUAUAGAACGGCUAAAGCAAGAUUUUAUAAAGAAUUUUUAGGGCUAGAAAGUAGCACUGAUAAGGAUACGGAUCUUUUAAAAUGUCCGUGUUGUAAGUUUACGUAUUGUAAGUGUUGCAGUGAUACAAAAGUGGGCUCUAAAUCCAAUAUAUCGCAAAAAAUCAGUUCAAAUUCAGCAUACAUUCCUGAACAAAACAUUUAUUCACCUUCAUUAAAAGAUAUUACUUGUAUGCAAGAAUUUGAAUGCGAAAUAUUGAAUUCUUGUAAUGAUUUGGAAGAGUCAGUUAAUCGAUAUGACAAAUAUUUAUUGGGUUUUCCGAAAAACAGCAAAACAACAAAGAAUUUGAAAGUACAAAGUCCAGUGAUGACUCCCACGGAAUAUUUACACCAUUUGGUUCAAUUAAGAAGAGAAGUUAUUAAAGCAGAUUGUAAAACAGAUUCAUUUUGUGUUUCUGAAAAGUAAUUCUAAGCUGUAAAUACAAUUAUGUAUAUUUAAGAAUUUAUAAAUAUUUGGUAAGCGGAAUAAAUUUUAAUUCUAUGAUUUUGAUUUACUGUUUAUUGUAAUUACUGGUAUGUAUUAUUUUAACCAUUUUAGUCACAGUUUCUUUAACCACUAAGUAUGGUAAAUAAGCUCGUCAGUGUAGGCAGUCCUAUAGGAAAGUGACAAUCGUUACUUAUAUACGUGACUGUUACGUUUAUUGUUUGUACUGGUUUCUAAAUUGGUAAUAUAUUCUUUGGUGUAGGGAUGGCCAACUUGAUUAGAACCAAGAAAACACGAACGAAACUCUGUGCGAUCUACCAAUUACAUGCUUCUUGAAAUCUCAAAUGAAAUAACGUAGUUUAAUACACAAUUAUGUAGUAUUGUAGUAUUUUUAAUUUUAUUAAGAGGAUGAACAUAAAAUUGAAAAUUACUUUUUGUAACUACUUAUUUAUAUUAGUGUGAGCAUUGUGUCUGAGCAUCUUCCGCGAGAUUAGCAAAAUGUUAUAUUUUUUACCUAGCCACGAUCGACUGGACUAAUAGUCGCGAUCGACCGGUUGGCCACCCCUGGUGUAGACUUUAUAAAACUAAAUGGGACUGUUAUGUCCAUAGACGUAGUAUAGCGUAUUUAUGUACUGAGAGACUGGCAACGUAAUAAUAAAAAUAAAACUAGAAACUAGUGCGCGUAUUUUGUAAAUGUGUGCAAAAAUAUGUUUGUAAAAAUAAUAUAGAAUUAAAGUUACAAAAAUAGUAAAUAUUUAUAUUUUGCGUUUAUAUAUAUAUGAAAUGUCGAAAAUAUUUUUCUAUUCUAUUUGUUAUAAUUUUUAUUAUCAUUCGUUGAGGUUCAGAAUUUUAUUUGGAUUAAAUUAGAUAUUUUUUUUGUAUAAAUUUUUAAACAAAAUAUUUCUGAUAAAUCUGUAAUAUUGCAUAUAAAGAGCUAAAUAUUUACAGUAUAGUUACGUGAAAAAUGUGCGAUUUUUGUUUUUGUUUUCCUCAAUUUAUCUUAUCCAUGUCAAGGAAGACCACACUUUAACCAAAUAUCCACUUAAAACUAAAAACACUUUUUUAAUUUAAAAAUAAUAAGAAUUUACUUCGUUUUAGUAAAUUCUUAUUAUUUCGGCAGUUUUUAUUAUUUCGGCAAAAGCAGUACACUAAAUGAAGUGACGAUCUUAAAUGCAUUACAGGAGCUAGUGGAAGCAGGUAGCUCAGAACCGUUUCUUAUGGCAGAGAAAGGGAGAGGCCUAUUUUCAGCAAUGGACAGAUAAUGGCUAAGAUGAUGAUGACUUUGUUUAGUCCUUAGAUUAUGAAUUAGGUAUUAGAUUGGCAAUGUAAAAGAGAGAAUAUAUAAUAACUAUAGUCUAUAUACCCUUUCCUUCCUAUUUAAUGCUAGAAUGAUGGGCGGCAGUAUCCUUAUUAAAAUAUCACCAAAGCCUAAUUUGGUUGACAACCCGCCCGCCAAGCGUGGCAGCUACUAGUAAAACUCCUCAAAAGGGAGGUCUAUGUUUCAAUAGUCGUCUGUUAGUGACUGAUAUAACUGUGACGAUGAUAUAUCUUUUCAGGUAAAAACAAAAAUUUAAAAAUUGGUUAUAUAUAGGGGAAAUAUAAGGGAAAGCGAGGAAGAUAAAUAUAAUUUAGGAUAUAUUUUCAAUGUAUAAAUUUUAUAAUGUAUCGAUUAAAAAUCGUUUAACUAGUGAAAGAAAAGAAAAAUUACAUGUUUUGUAAAAAAUGAAAUUUUUAAUUUAUUCUGCCCUACAGAUAGGCUACAUAGAUACAUCACAUGGGGCACUUUAAUACAUAGUGUAAAUUGUAUCAAAUUGGUUAAUUGUAACACUUUUUUGAAAAUUUAACUUUUUUAUUGUGAAGACAUUGUAAUCAGUCUUACAAAAUACUUGUUAGUAUAUCAAAUGAAUAAUUAAGAAUGUUUUUGUUUUAAAAAAUGUUUUAAAGAACAGGAUUGCUGAAUCUAUCCUUCGAUUAAACAUAUAAAACUCAGAAAGUAAAAUGAACAAUCGUUAAAAACUCUAAUAUAUCAUCAAAAAUAGUAAACUUAAAUAUUACAUAUUGUUUAUUUAUUUUUGCCACAAUUCUGUAUAUUUGCAUUCCAAACGUUCUGUUUACUCAUAAGCUGAUGUUAAAAGUUUCUGUGAGAAUAACAUAAUGCAUAUUGCUGCAAGUCAACAAAUAUUUUGAAUUCUCUUGCUAGGAAGUAGUACAAAUAUAGAAAGUGACGUUUGGUCAUAAGCUUUUUUUGACUUUUCUAUACUUUUCAAUACCAUAUUGAAGAGAACUUCGUUCAGGUUUGCAGCUGCUUGGCAGCUGUCUUUCAUAUAGAUAUUAUACCUUAAAACUUGAAACAUUGGUUUAAAUGUUUUAAUUAUUGAUACCACGUCUUUCGGUGUUUGGCUUGUAUGUACGUGCGACAAAAGAAUAUAUCAUUUCAUUUAAAAAUAUAAAUAAAUAAAAUGGUUUAUGUUUUUUAUGCCUGCUUAAUAGUUUGUAUGUAAUAAAUUAAUUAUAGGUUUUAUAAUAUGUUUGCGUUUUAAAUAAAUUGUUUUAAAAUUUACAUAUUUUUAAAUUUUCAUUUAUAAAAUGCUUGUUUGUUUUUGUAUUAGGCCUAAAAAAUUUAAUUAAACAAAUCUUAUCGAAAAUAUAAAAUAUCUGUCCAUAUACAUUUGUGUUUUAAAGUUUUAUUCUAUAUUACAGGUGUGAAAAUGUAUUUAAUUUUAGAAAGAUAUAUUUUAUGAUUCAAAUAAAAAUUACGAGU